AUGACGAAGCGUCAAACGACCUUGCUAAGACAUCUUCAUACAGGGAUCUAUGACAAGAGUGACGGUGUUAAGGCGCACCAACAUGAGGGCUCUAGCACAAGCAUCCGGAGAGUCUCCAAUCUCGACCCCGGUUUAGCUCAGGGUGUUAUCCAUGGGCCUCAGGGCUAUGGGCCUCGCCGAGCAUGGACCUUAGCCAAGUCAAUAGCUGACAUAAUUUUGAGAGCGCAUCUCGAGACACUUAACACUCUCUAUCAGCCUACUAUAUUUUCCAAGAUGUUCCUCGGAUCAUCAACCUUCUUGGCUGCUAGCAUAGCACUGCUAUCUCAAGCUACAUCGGCAACAUCCUUCGGUAUCCCCUCUCGCCAGCAACAGGGCCUCUACAACUCUAAAGUCGUCUUUGAGGCACCUAACCCUACGUGGCUUGAAGGAAUAGCAGUGCGAUACAAUGGUCAAAUCCUCACUACGACCAUUAGCGGGCCAAUGUUGCUACAAGUCGACCCAAGCCAGAAGCGCGACUCAAUCGUAGUCGCACAAAUCCCUGGCGCCACGGGCACUUUGGGGAUCACCGAGCUCGAAAAAGAUGUGUUCUACCUCAGCGCGGGCGAUAUGAGUAACGUAACUGCCACGAGCUUGGUUUUCCCCAGCAAGAUUUGGCAAGUGGAUAUGCGUCCUUUCCGCGUGAAUCAGCAAGGAAAUAUCGCUCGGCCAGCAAAGAUAUCUUUGGUUGCGGAUCUGACUAACACUACGUUUGUCAACACCUUGUCUCGACUUGGACCGAAGGACAACUCGGCAAUACUCAUCUCCGACUCCGGCGCUGGUCACAUCCUUAGGCUAGACGUUCGCACUGGCAUUUCUUCAGUGGUCAUCAGCGAUCCAACUAUGCUAUCGACCAUACCUGGAGCAGCAGGUGUCACUGGAAUCCAUAUUCACGGCUCCGAGCUAUUCUACGCCAACUUCGCUGCGACGACCUUCUUCAAGAUGCCCAUCUCGCUUACCACUGGCAUGCCGACCGGGCCAGCAACGCUCAUCACGAAUGGCACUCUUAUCGACGAUUUCACACUCUCCAGAGAUGGCAAGAAGGCGUAUGCGUGCACGAAUCCUCGUGGUCAGUUGAUCGAAAUCGAUAUACCUGGUCAGACAUUUCGCCCCGUUGCUGAAGGCCUGAAUGCAACAUCCGCUGCACUAGGUCGUGGUCGGUUUGAUCGGAACAGUGUGUACUUUGUCAGUGGUGGUGGAUUGGACUUUCCUCUUACAAAUCCAGGCGUUUCUGGCGGAAGAGUUGUGAAGGUUGAUCUUUAG